GGGGCGGUGCCAGCGCGCUCGCCCGCCCGGCCCCUCCAGCUCCGCACAGGGGCUACGGCUGUGGGGCUCGGGCGCUCCUCUUGGCCGGAUAACGAGCACGCCUGCUCCCCGUGGGCGUCAUGAGGUCCCCGGUUCGGGGCCCGGCCGUGAACGAUGGCGAGGAGGGCACAGACAGCACGCCCCUUCUGCGGGGCGCCCCGCGGGCCGAAGCCGCUCCAGUGUGCUGCUCUGCUCGUUACAACUUAGCAAUUUUGGCGUUUUGGGGUUUCUUCGUUGUCUAUGCAUUACGUGUGAAUCUGAGUGUUGCGUUAGUGGAUAUGGUAGAUUCAAAUACAACUUUAGCAGAUAAUAGAACUUCAAAGGAGUGUGCAGAACAUUCUGCUCCCAUAAAAGUUCCUCAUAAUCAAACGGGUAAAAAGUACCCGUGGGAUGCAGAAACUCAAGGAUGGAUUCUCGGUUCUUUUUUUUAUGGCUACAUCAUCACCCAAAUUCCUGGAGGAUAUAUUGCCAGCAAAAUAGGGGGGAAACUGCUGCUAGGAUUUGGGAUCCUUGGCACUGCUGUCUUGACCCUGUUCACUCCCAUUGCUGCAGAUUUAGGAGCUGGACCUCUCAUUGUACUCAGAGCACUAGAAGGACUAGGAGAGGGUGUUACAUAUCCAGCCAUGCAUGCCAUGUGGUCUUCUUGGGCUCCCCCUCUUGAACGAAGCAAACUUCUUAGCAUUUCAUAUGCAGGAGCACAGCUUGGGACGGUAAUAUCUCUUCCUCUUUCUGGAAUAAUUUGCUACUAUAUGAAUUGGACUUAUGUCUUCUACUUUUUUGGUUUACUUGGAAUAUUUUGGUUUGUUUUAUGGAUCUGGUUAGUUAGUGACACACCAGAGACUAACAAGACAAUCUCCCAUUAUGAAAAGGAGUACAUUAUUUCAUCGCUAAGAAAUCAGCUUUCUUCACAGAAGUCAGUGCCGUGGGUACCCAUUUUGAAAUCACUGCCACUUUGGGCAAUUGUAGUUGCACAUUUUUCUUACAAUUGGACUUUUUAUACUUUAUUGACAUUAUUGCCAACUUACAUGAAGGAUAUCCUGAGGUUUGAUGUUCAAGAGAAUGGGUUUUUAUCUGCACUACCUUAUUUCGGCUGUUGGCUAUGUAUGAUCCUGUCUGGUCAAGUUGCUGACAAUUUAAGGGCAAAAUGGAAUUUUUCAACUAUAUGUGUUCGCAGAAUUUUUAGCCUUAUAGGAAUGAUUGGACCUGCAGUAUUCUUAAUAGCUGCUGGAUAUAUAGGCUGUGAUUAUUCUUUGGCUGUUGCGUUCCUAACCAUAUCAACAACACUGGGAGGCUUUUGCUCUUCUGGAUUUACUAUCAACCAUCUGGAUAUCGCACCUUCGUAUGCUGGUAUCCUUCUGGGCAUCACAAAUACUUUUGGCACUAUUCCAGGAAUGGUUGGCCCUGUCAUUGCUAAAAGUCUGACCCCCAACAACACUGUUAGAGAAUGGCAAACUGUUUUCUAUAUCGCCGCUGCUAUCAAUGUAUUUGGUGCCUUUUUCUUUACACUAUUCGCCAAAGGUGAAGUGCAAAACUGGGCUCUCAGUGAUCAUCAUGGACACAGAAACUGAAGGAACCAAUAAAUAAUCCUGUCUCUAUUAAUGUAUUUUUAUUUAUCAUGUACCCUAAAAGUGCCUUUGAUAGUUUAAUGUGUAGGCAUUCUAUUAAUAUAUUUUUAAAAAUUGUACUUGUAUUAAAUUUUUAAAGCUUGUAAUCAUGAAACGUCACUAGUUUCCAGAUUAGUAAAAUAAACUAUUUUAAUUAUGAACGAUAUAUAUGCUGGAACUUAUACUUCAGGUUCACAUACCUGGCUGCCGGGAAGCAUGAAGUAGGGGAGUUCUAUUUCUUUUAAGGGCCAUAUUUAAGGGAACGAACCGAAAGAGACCCCCCACUACCUUUGCUUAAUUAAACCAGAUAAUAAUUCUCAGGUAUUAUUGAUAAACACCUGGUUUUGUCCGCUUUCCUCAUAAAAAUUAUUUAUCAGCUCUCUCUAACACUUAGGUCAAAUUUUAGCCUCUCCAUUGGAGCUGCCAGCCCUUGUGUAAUUGGGCCUGGCAACUGGACUGAGGGAAGCAUGCCCAGGCAGCUGCCAAGCAUGCGCUCCCUGGCUUCAGGGACAGAGUGCCCAGCAUUUAUCAGAGGCAACACCCAAGCCCAGGGUCAGUGUCAAGUCUUUGGAUGGUGUUCUCCCCCUGCAGCUAUUAAUGUGUAGAUAAAGCCUGAGCAGGCAGAAGCACUGACAUCCACAGCUACAUCCCCUCCCUGGCACAGUAGAAUAUUGACUGGCAUGUAACCUGCAAAAGAAAAGCGUGAUGCCCAAUCACAGAUAAUAUCAUCCUUGUUUAAAACUACUCUCACGGCCA